AUGGGCUUCAUAUCCGAAUCAAUAACCCUCCUAGGACAGAACAUCACAAGCAUCAUUCUUCUCCUUAUCGUCCUUCAUUUCACCCGCAACUACUUUACACCAGGGGUAUACGCUAUAUCCGGCCCAUUUCUCGCGAAGAUAUCAAACAUCUGGCGAUACAUUGACGUUGCGAAUGGACGUGCCGAGUGGACAUUGUACUCUCUCCAUCAGAAAUACGGGGACUAUGUACGGAUCGGCCCGAAUGUGGUGAGCGUGCGAGAUCUGGACGCGAUUAAGGUUAUUUAUGGGAUUAACAAGGGCUAUGGGAAGACCGACUUCUAUAAGGUCCAACAGCAGUUAGCCAAGGGAAAACCAACGCCCACGCUCUUCACUACUACGGAUGAGGAGUUUCAUGCUGCGAUUAAGCGGCCAAUUUCUGCUGCUUACUCGAUGAGUACGUUGACUGAGUUUGAGCCUUUUGUCGACAGUACUAUCCAGACCUUUUUCCGAAGAUUGGAUGAAUUUGUGGAUCAUGGCGAGGUCUGCGAUAUUGGGACCUGGCUGCAGUAUUAUGCCUUCGAUGUCAUCGGUGAAUUGACUUUCAGCAAAUCUCUCGGGUUCCUGGAGAAAGGGUCUGACGUGGAUGGGAUUAUCGCUGCGUUAGAAGCAAUGCUCGACUAUUCCGGCAAAAUCGGCCAAAUGCCGUGGAUGGACUACCUCUUCAUCAAGAAUCCUCUCAAGGGACUGAUCCAAGGGGGUUCCACAGGCGCCGUGGCACGCUUUGCGCGUGUGCGGUUGGACGAACGACUAAAGUCGGUCGUACAAAAUGCUGGGGUCCCGGAACCCACGCGUAGGGACUUUCUAGCCCGAUUCUUGGAAGCGAAAACUGAGCACCCCGGAGUCGUUACUGAUAACCAGGUUUUCUCGUAUACAGUCAGCAACAUGAACGCGGGCUCCGAUACUACCGCUAUUUCCCUACGAGCAAUCCUAUAUUACACGUUGAAGAAUCCUCGGGUAGCAGAGAAGCUCCAACGAGAGCUCGAUGCCGCUUAUAAGAAGCAGAGAAUAAGUCUGCCUGUCACAUGGAAACAAAGCCAGGAAGAAUUGCCGUAUCUCGACGCUGUCGUUAAGGAAGCACUUCGACUCCACCCAGCAGUGGGGUUAAUUCUCGAGCGAAUCGUACCAGCGGAAGGUCUGCAGCUCCCCAAUGGAGGACCCUUUUUACCGGCGGGGACAAUCGUCGGCGCUAAUCCAUGGGUCGUUCAUCGACAUGGUCUUUUCGGUGAUGAUGUCGAUUCCUUUUUUCCUGAGAGAUGGCUGCCUGCGGAGGAAGAGUCUGAAAUCCAGUUCCAGGCUCGGAAGCAGAAGAUGCUUCGUGCGACGUUUACUUUUGGGGCUGGGUCGAGGACUUGCAUUGGGAAGAAUAUCAGUUUGCUGGAGAUAUAUAAGCUUAUACCUUCGCUAUUCUUGACCUAUGAGAUCAGGCUAGACAAUCCCGAGAAGGAAUGGGAGACAACAAAUGCGUGGUUCGUGCGGCAAAAGGGUAUCGAUGUUCAUCUCGGCCGUCGUAAUUUAUGUGCAGGCAUGGCAGCCGGGCCGGGGGAUUCGGAUGGAUGA